AUGGCCACCAUGGGCGCCUUCCGGACCUUCCUCCUCUCCUACCCGGAGAUCCUCCUGGCCGCGCUCUGCUUCCUCUCCCUGGCCGCCCUCCGCCUCGCUCUGCGGUGCCGCGGCAGCAGCGUGCCGCUGCGAUGGCCGGUCGUCGGCAUGCUCCCGUUCGUGCUCAGCAACCUCGGCCACCUCCUGGACGCCGCCACCGCCGCGCUCAGGGACUCGGGAUGCAUGUUCGUGUUCCGCGGGCCGUGGCUCGUCGGCGGCGACUUCCUCGUCACGUGCGACCCGGCCGCCGUGCACCACUGCCUCGCGGCCAACUUCGACUGCUACGACAAGGGCCACGACUUCGCCGAGAUGUUCGACGUCGCCGGCAACGGGCUGCUAAAUGCGGACGCCGUGUCCUGGGCGCGGCAGCGGCAGGUCGUCGCCACCGUCUUCGCCGCCCCCGUGUUCCGCUCCUUUCUCAUAUCCACCGUCGCGCGGCAGACGGCGCGGCUCCUGGUGCCGUUCCUGGACCACGCCGCCGAAGCCGGACGCGCCGUCGAGCUCGAGGACGUGUUCAUGCGCUUCUCGCUGGACGUCUCCUACGCCGUGGUGUUCGCCGCCGACCUCGACUCGCUGUCCGACUCCGCGGCCGACGCCCCGUACCCGCCCUUCGGCCAGGCGACCAGGAUCGCCGGGGAGGCCGUCAUGUUCCGGCACGUCGUGCCGGCUCGCUGGUGGAAGCUGCUGAGGUGGCUCAACGUCGGCAUCGAGAGGAGGUUCGCCGAGGCCAAGGCGGUGCUCGACGAGUUCGUCUACCUCGAGAUCGCGAAACGCAAGGCAGAACCGCUCCCCCGAGGAGAAGGACAAGGCGGCGACCUGCUGUCCAUGUACAUGGCGUGGCCCAGGGACCCCGCCAUGACCGACCGGCAGAGGGACGGGUUCCUCCGCGACGCCGCCGUCGGCUACAUGAUCGCGGCCAAGGACCUCGUCGCGUCCGCGCUCACCUGGCUCUUCUACAUGCUCUGCACGCACCCGCACGUGGAGGACAAGGUCCUCGCCAAGCUCGAGUCGCUGCGCGCCAACGCCGCGUGCUGCGGCGGCAAAGCGGUCGUGUUCGACUCCGACACGCUCCGGUCGGCGACCUACCUCCACGCGGCGGUGCUGGAGGCACUGCGCUUGCACCCGCCCGCGCCGUUCGAGGAGAAGGAGGCGCGCGCCGACGACGUGCUGCCGGACGGCACGAGGGUGACCAAGGGCACCAGGAUCCUCUUCUGCAUCUACGCCAUGGGCAGAGUGGAGGGGAUAUGGGGCGACGACUGCCGGGAGUACCGGCCGGAGCGGUGGCUGUCCGGCAGCGGCCGGGUCCGGCACCAGCCGAGCUACAAGUUCGCAGCCUUCAACUGCGGGCCCAGGAGUUCCCUGGGCAAGGACCUGGGGCUCACCAACCUCAAGAUCGCCGCCGCAGCCAUCAUAUAUAACUUCCGGGUGGAGCUCGUCGACGGCCAUGUGGUGGAGCCCAGCGAUUCGGUGGUGCUCCACACCAAGAACGGCCUCAUGGUUAAGGUCAAGAGAAGGGAGGCGGCUUGA